AUGUUUUGCUGUGUCGUGCAGCCUCUGCUAUGCCCACCCUCGUGGGGCGUGGACGUCUCCGGUUCUUCUGCAACGCCAACUUGCUGCACGUCCCCGCGUCAUUCAUCUCCACCUUCUCCUUCCUCUUCUUCUCCCGCUGCCUCUUCCUCGUCCACUUUUGCUUCCUCUUCUUCCCCGUUGUCGGUUGGGGAGGGUACUGUGGAGUGGGGAGGAGAGCAGGGAGAGGCCGAGAGUCUGGUGCGGGUUUUUUCCGCGUUUCGCCGCCAGCUGGCCUCGGCGCUCUUGCCGGCGUCGUCGCCAGUAGCGCAUUUGUUUCGACCGCUGGAGGAACUUGGAUUUGUCUCCGGACUCGUCGAAACUUUGCAAGAACCCGAGGACAGACCUCGCAACGCCCCUCCUUCCCUCGCCACGCGUGUGCUCGUCGUCUAUCUCCACUGCUGGCUAGCCGCCUUCCUGCAUGCAUUCCAUGCCGACACGGUCUUCGCCUACUGCACCUGCGCGCCGAACGGGUCUCCCGAGCAGGAGCUUCACUCGCCUUCGUCUCGCCUUGCUUCUUCGCGGGAGACGACCCCUGACGCGAGGAGUUUCGACGUUCACCAGGACGAAAGCGAGCGCUUUUCCGCGUCUCAGGCGCGCGUGCGAGAAGGCGACCCGCCGUUUCCGCGAGAGGCUCGCCCUCGAUCCAAGUGUCGCGGGUGCGCCGCAGUGACGAAGCGGCUUCACGGAACAGCCAACUGGCGACGCUUUCUCGACCGAUACUUUCCUAUUGAGGUAGCCCGAUUCGCUUCCGUCGCCUCGGCACAUCAGUCUGCAGCGCGAGCCUUGACUGCGUCUUCGACUUCGUCCCCUCUCACCCCCGCUCUUCCUUCUUCCUCUCUUUCUUCUUCUUCUUCUUCUCUUUCCUCUCCUUCUUCUCCUUCCUUCUCUCUCCUGGCUCUUCCUCUCCGGCCGCAGCACCAGCUGGGUGUCGGGGCGGAGCCUCUUGACCCUCCUCGAGAAGCCGCUCUUCGGCAGGAGAACGGGCUCCCGCCGGAGGUCGGAGACAGAGGCGAGGGCGACUUGUCAAGGCCGUGCAUCCGCGAGGACACGCGAGAGCCUCUGACUCGCGGGGAGAGAGGCCUGGUGGCGGCGGAAGCAGCGUGGUGUCUUUUGACCCCCGCAAAGCGCUUCGAGGAGCGCCUCGAGCUCCUGCACGUUCGCAGUCGCGGGCUCAGAGGGCAGGAGUACAAACGUUUCGUGGAGGCGCGCACGCGUCAGCUGCUGAAGAAGACGCUCCAGUCGCUGCUCUUUCGAUCGGCCUUCGCCCAGCUCGCCGGCCACGUGUGGGGGGUAGGAGCCAAGGCGAAGGCGCUGGGCGUCGCCGGCGGCGAGAACGAAGAGACAACGAGCCAGGGACGCGAAGGGGCGAGCGAUGGAGCCGACGCAUGGGAUGUGCGUCGAGAAAAAGAAGGAAUCGAUAACGAAGAAGAAAGAGAGAAAGAAGACGGCAAGGGACGCAUCAGUGGAGUCCUCCCGGGGGGACAGAUCACCCAGCUGUUUCUCUUCAUCGUCAACGACCGCCUACAAACCUGUGCUGAGCUAGCGCUCAGGUGUAUGUACACCCGACGCGAGCGGGCACGGCAGAGGCGGGAGGCGAAGGCAGGGAAAGAUGCAGCGGACGGAGCUGCUGAGGAGGGGCGAACGGACGAGAAGGAUAAUGACGCGCCGUUCUCCAGCUGGAGCUUUCGGCAGAGCCGCGAGGCCCAGAGCGCCUUGCUGCCACUAAGCGCCGUCGUGCAGCUCUGGGGCCAGGACGAACACGAGGAGACCAGGGAGAAACAAAAGGGAGAAGAAGAACGAGCAGACGCCAUGGCCUGUGCUGCGAACCUUCUCUUCCACUGCGUCGACCAGCCGCUCUUCAAUGUCCACGGCGCAUUUCCCCUCUUCUCGGCUGCAUGCGCGGCGGUCGACUGUAGCACCAAGAAGAAGAAACGGGGCCGUCCUCCUUCCUCGUCCGGCUCGUCUCCAAGUUCGCCGAGCGCUGCGCGAGAAGCGAGGGUGGCCACGCGUUCUGCCUGGCCUUGCGUGAAAUCGGAGGAAACUGGCAGCGCGGUCAAGGAGCGACGCGCAGCCUUCCAGGGUGUGCGCGAGAAAGACGAGAGAGAAAGCCAGGCGAGAGAGAACGACUCCGCAGGCUCGUCGACACUCCCUUUGGCGGGCGCUCGGAUGCGUGGAGACGCCGACGAGGAGACCGAAGCAAGUGCCCGGUGGUCGGCUCUCGUCGAGGCCGCUGUCGAGUUUUGCGUCCGCAGAGAAGAAGAUGCUCCUCCCCUUUUUUCUCCUCCUUCUUCUCCUUCUUCUCCGUCAGCUUGCAAGAGGGAGGCGCGUGGCGUCAAACGGGGGCGGAGACCGACCAAGCACAGGCUCAGUUCCAGCGACGAGGAGCCGGAGAAACAGGCAGAGAGAGACGGAGACAAAUGGCGUUUUCCGGGCAUCGAUUUGUGCGGCGCGUUCGUCGCGGUGCGCGUCCAGCAACUCUGGAAAGCUAGCCAGGGCCAGGGGGACUGCCGAGAGAUGGUCAAUCAGGCGCUGCGGGAGUGGCGGGUUGCCGGCGCUGCCUUGGCCUCAAGCGCUGCCCCCACGGACGAACAUGACGAAAAUGCCGGAGGCGGAGAAGGCGACGCAUGCAAAGAAGAGAAAGAAGAUGCGUGCUCAGAGUCUAUCAGCCUCCUUCUCUCCCUCCACAACCAGCUUCGUCAGAUGUACGAGCACAUGGCGGCGGCGAGCCGCUUGACCGCUCUGCUGUCGCUUUUGCGAUCUUCGUCGCCAACUCUUCAGCAGCCGCGUUUCCUAAAUUUGCGGGAAGUGCUCGAGGUCAAUCGCCUCCUCCAAACGCAGGCUUCGCGGCUCUCCCAGAAAGCUGCGCUCUACCAAACGCGCGCCCCGAAAGGGAUGAAAACCACGCGGAAGGCAACGGAGCAAGGAGCGAGAGAAGACAGUGAACGAGGAGCGCGCAAAGAGAAGAACGAACAAGGAGAGGGAGAAAAGGAGGGACGGGGAGAGGCGCAAAACCAAGAAGAGGGAGGCGUGCAGAAUGAAGCAGAUCGAGAAGAAAACAAGACGCAGCGAGGCGGAGAGUGCAGUGGGGAGGAAGGGAAACGAAGACGAAGAGGCCGAUUCGACGCGCCAGACGAAAGUCGAGAAGAAACGAGGAGAGGGCGGAGACACGAAGAAGCUGACCGGGCGAAGCCGGGGCGAGCGCAACAAAGCGAGGGAACGCAUACGUGA